AUGUGUGGCUCUUUCAAUCAUCAACUUUGCAUACAAUUUACUGAAUUUGAAACUGAAGAUGGAUACGACUUUGUGACGGUAGCUGAUCAGCAAGGCAGCAUUUUGCAAUCACACAGUGGCGUCCAAAUUCCGUCUAAAAUUAAAGCAAAUUCUAAUCGUUUGGUCAACUUUUCGUCAAACGGAUCUGUAAACAAGAAAGGAUUCAAUGCAACUUUUUGUAACACGUGUCAUGCUUUGAAUUCUCCUAGCAACGGAUAUUUGAAUACCUUCAAUACUGACGCAGGUGUUUAUGUGACUGUAACGUGCCUUCCCGGCUACGUGUUGGCAGGAGCGCCUAUCUUAUCAUGUAAAGAAUCAGGAGUCUGGUCACAUUCAAUUGGUCAAUGCCAAAAAGCUGUAAGUUGUGGCCAACCGCUGCUACGUAAUGGAACUGUUCUUGCUGAUUCUUUUGAUUUUCAAGACAGCGUCGCGUAUGUAUGUGACCCCGGUUAUAAGUUGCGAGGAUCGAUGUUUUCAACGUGUUUGGCUACUGGAACAUGGAGUGGUCGUACUCCUAAAUGCCAAGCUGUAAAAGUACGAAUUUCACCAGAAGCACAAAACCUUGUAACUACUUUCCGAAAUACAUUCUAUGAAAAGUUUGCGACAUUUACUGAAGAAGCAAGACCUCUCCCAGGUAUUGAAGAUAGAACACGUCCCAUUGACACUGUUUUAGCUCUGGAGCUGAUUUUUGCUUUGGAUACAUCAUCAAGUGUAGGAAAAACACAGUUUCGUUUGGAGAAAGCCUUUGUAAAGAACAUGGCAAUGUCUUUUGUGAUGAAUCAAGAGUCAACUCACAUGGGAGCUGUUGCAUUUGGUAGCAAAGUGCACGUCCUUUCUGAAUUGACGUCAUCAAAAUUAAAUUUUGUCACAGCAGUAGCUCAAUUCGAUUACAGGGGAGGAAUGACAAACACAACAGCAGCUUUGUUAAGAGUUAGAGAUAUGUUUAUUACAAGUAAAAACGAUAACAGCAGACUAAAGCGAGUACUUAUAUUGAUCACUGACGGCAAAUCAAAUGCGAAUAAACGAAGACCUGAAGAAGUGGCUCGAGAGUUGGCUCGACAUUCUGUAGAAACGUUUGUAUUUGGUAUAGCAAAAGUUGCCAAACCAGAGCUUAAUGACAUUGCUUCACCUCCUUCCGACACUCACGUUUUCUAUGUAUCACACUUUUCCGUAUUUAAAGAAUUUUCCGAAGCUGUCACCUCAAAAAAAUUGGAAAAUCUUUGUGGAGUAGCUGGAGCACCAGGAUUUCAUCUACGAGUAGUAGGUGGGGUGUCUUCUAUUUACGGAGCUUGGCCAUGGCUUGCUUCUAUCUAUGUUAGAACAUCCCCGUAUACUGACAACUUUACUUUGGUAUGUGGAGGUUCUCUGAUAAAUGAACGGUGGGUAAUUAGUGCUGCCCAUUGCAUUUGGCAUCGGUCCAAUCUAAGUCUAAUUAUAAAGCUGGGAGACUACGUUCCUAACAAGGACGAUCCUUAUGAACAGACAUUCGAAGUGGAAUCAAUGAAAUUUGGAGGAAACUCGACGCAAACGUAUAAUUAUUCUAUAAGCGAUAAUGACAUUGUUCUUAUCAAGUUAAGCCGUAAUGUCACUUACACGAAAUACGUGAGACCGAUAUGCUUGCUAGAGCAAAGGCACCGCGAUACUUCAUUGAUUUUGCCUAGUAAAUCCGCUACUGUUGUCGGAUGGGGAUUAUAUAAAGAAAACAGCAAAGUGUAUCCUAAUACGCCAGUGGAAGCCACGAUUCAAUUUUUUGAACGGUCAAAGUGUAAUGAUCACUUUGGUGGAAUAGUACUGACCAGGAAUAUGCUUUGUGCAAAAGGAUACCAAUCCGACGCUUGUCUCGGAGACAGUGGAGGUCCAUUGAUGUGUCAGUCUGAAGUUGAUAAUCGCUUUACUCUUUGUGGAAUAGUCAGCUUCGGAAAGGAGUUAACUUGUCGCAAGGGAGUAUAUGGCGUAUACACGAAAGUAUUCAACUAUGGCAGCGCAAUAACUACCAUUACUUCUUAA